CUUUGUCAUAAAUGUUUCGCCACUGAAAUUAACAGCUGUUUUCCUUGAUUUAUUUAUUAUUUUAUAACAAUAAUAUCAGUAUUUGGGAAUCUUAAGGUAUAAUAUUUUUCAUAUCGGGUAAUGUUAGUUAUCAUUAGCUAUAUAGUAGUUUUAAAAAAUGAAACAAAGUAUCUCCUUAUUUUAGAACUCGCCAAAUGCUCAAUGGAGAUGAAUUACUUGGACAUAACGUAAAUAUGAACAGGUCAAUUGAUUCAUACAAUAGUGAAAUUCAACUGCACAGAAUAAAGCCUCAAGACCAUUUUAUUGAAGCUCAAGUUCAAGAAGGAGAUACACUGCAAGCGAUCGCCCUACGAUUUUAUUGUUCGAUUUCAGAAUUAAAAAGAAUCAAUCAUAUUCACAAAGAUAAUGAGAUAUUUGCAAAACGGACAAUAAAAGUACCUGUGACACCAUACUCUGUUCUCACUGAGCUUAUACCAGCAGGAGAGGAGAGUCAGCCAGUACCGUCAACAUCAAAGCAAUUACUACCAAACCUUAACUUACCUAAUAUUCUACAACACACUUCUGUUAAUGGCCUCACUAGUGAAAUUUUAAAAGAUGUACCUAAAACAGAUUCUAAAGAAAAUGACUGUGCUAUAGACUGUAAUGCUGUAAUUUUGAACAGUACAUUGACCCCAUCCGUUAUACCUUAUAUGGACUCUGAACAAAAUGAUGCAAUAUCUGAAGAUACUCAGUUGUUACCGAAUAACAAACCAAAGAUAUCAGUAGAGGCCGUUGUCGUGAAGGAGUUGACGUCACAUGGUGCUGACUUUGGGUUGAAAUGGUUCCAUUUGGUUGGCUGCAUGCUGAUUCUUGGUGUUGUGAUACCACUUGUAUAUGUCAUGUUUUAUCUAGACAAGCACACAGACACAUCUCUACAUCCCACAUGAUGACUGCACUUUGGACCUGAUCUGAUCAAAAGCUUUAAGUUGUGGAUAUAUUUUAGUAAACAUUUUAACAUUAACAUUCUAUGUAUGUAUAUAAUAAG